AUGUAUCCUUCCCUCAUCCUUCCAUGGUCCACGAAUCCCGCAGAUCGCGAAAACAAGUACCGUGCUGCCGGCCUGGUGAAAACCAGAGGGACACUCUUUCUGCUACCUCCGUCAACAUCCACCUUGCGCGAUUCAUUCAAUGCACCACCACGUCCCCAAACCCGUAUGUCCUCGGGUGCAGUCGCCCUUUGCAAACAUUUUGAGCGGGGCGGUGCAUCAUCGGAGCAUGGCCGGCCGCAUCCAUUUUGGUCCCUGCCUUCAGGGAGCAACGAGAACAAGACGGAAAUUGCAAGAGGGAUAUUAGAGAACAUGCUGGAGCAAGCAGUUUGGAGGAAUGUGAUGCUUCUACACCACAGGGUAGCAGUGUACGAGAUCAGGAAUGCAAGCGGAUACGGGAUGAGGUGGACACUGGAUAUAGAGGAGAUGAAGGGAGACAAACAGGCUGAUAUCGGCGGACAGAUGGACAUUCGGGCGACGACGGUCAGUCCACCCUACCCCAACCAAGGUAAAGAGGAGGAUGAUUUCCACAAGAACUGGGUGAUAACCAGGACGACAUUCCGCGGGUUCUUGGAGCCUAUUGCUGGGAUGGAACACGAGCUGGUGGCUGUUCCAGGGAUAGGCGCCAUCUAUGGUUGUGUGCGGCAGAGCCGUCACGCAAACCGACAUGUGCACUCACUCAAUUGCGGGCUGGUUCCGCUCACCUCGAAAAACCACCAUCAUCAUAAAAGUCUGAUAAAACUCCCGCCAAGGGCCGUCACAGUAUGGUCGAGAUUCAAGUCCGACCUGCCGGCUGAGCCAGUUCUUUACUCGCAAUUAACCAUCGGCGUUCCAAAGGAGACCCUCCCGGGUGAACGUCGCGUCGCCGUCGCGCCCCAGAACAUCCCUUUGCUGUUGAAGAAAGGCUUCGCAAGGGUCCUGGUGGAGCGAGGUGCUGGUAUUGAAGCUGAGUAUUCCGACGAGGUCUAUGAACAUGUUGGCGCCACCGUGGUUGACAGCGAGACCGUGUGGUCGGAGAGCAACAUCCUACUCAAGGUUCGUCCACCAAACUUGGAGUCGGAAGUACCCAAGAUUCACCCGGGAACGGCCUUGAUCUCGUUUCUGCAACCCAUGCAGAACAGGCCCCUUGUUGAGGCUCUUGCUUCUCAACGAGUGACUGCGUUUGCUAUGGACAUGAUUCCCCGGAUUUCGCGUGCUCAAGCAUUUGAUGCGUUAAGUUCCAUGGCCAACAUAGCGGGUUACAAAGCUGUGCUUGAGGCGGCUAAUCACUAUGGUCGCUUCUUGACUGGCCAGGUCACUGCUGCUGGAAAGAUUCCUCCCUCCAAAGUCUUGGUCAUUGGAGCCGGCGUGGCUGGGUUGAGUGCCAUCACGACCGCCCGCCGUCUCGGCGCGAUUGUCCGCGGGUUUGACACUCGUUCUGCCGCCCGAGAACAAGUCCAGUCACUCGGAGCUGACUUCCUGGAAGUCAGUGUGAAAGAAGAGGGCUCAGCAGCCGGUGGUUACAGUAAGGAAAUGUCCAAGGAGUUCAUCGAGGCAGAAAUGAAACUGUUCAUGGAACAGUGCAAAGAGGUCGACAUCGUCAUUACUACUGCUGCAAUUCCAGGAAAGCCUUCUCCCAAACUGAUCACGGAGAAAAUGGUCAGUGCCAUGAAACCCGGCUCUGUCAUUGUCGAUCUUGCUUCAGAGGGCGGUGGAAACUGCGAGGUUACACAGCCGGGUAAGCUGAUUGUGUAUAACCAUGUCACCAUCAUCGGAUACACAGAUUUCCCCUCUCGACUACCUACACAGUCCACGAGUUUGUAUUCCAAUAACAUUACAAAGUUCCUGCUGGCCAUCUCGCCUAAGGACAACCAUUUCGGCAUUGACUUGGAGGAUGAAGUCGUCCGAGGCUCUAUCGUUACCCACGAUGGUAAAAUCAUUCCCCCGGCUCCGCGGCCGGCUCCACCCCCGGCUCCUGCACAGCAGCACCACGAACUUGAAUCCAAGCCCGUCGAAUUGACACCUUGGCAAAGUCAAGCCCGCAAUGUAGCGGCCGUGACCGGAGGAAUGAGUGCAGCUCUUGCCCUAGGGAAGUUGACAUCCCCAUUGUUCAUGGGUAGCGCAUUUACGGCCGGCCUGGCAGGGCUUAUUGGCUAUCGCUCGGUCUGGGGGGUGAUUCCGGCCCUUCAUUCUCCUUUGAUGAGCGUUACCAACGCCAUCUCCGGCAUCGUGGGUGUUGGUGGCUUCUUUAUCAUGGGCGGCGGAUACCUGCCGGAAACAGUCCCACAAGUACUCGGUGCGCUGUCUGUUCUGCUUGCGUUUGUCAAUGUCUCGGGUGGUUUUGUCAUUACGAAGCGAAUGCUGGAUAUGUUCAAGCGACCAACAGACCCUCCGGAAUAUCCAUGGCUAUACGCGAUUCCCGGCGUGCUCUUCGCCGGUGGGUUUAUCGCCGCCGCAAGCACGGGUAUGAAUGGGCUCGUGCAGGCCGGAUAUCUGGUGAGCAGUCUGCUGUGUAUUGGAUCUAUCCAAGGACUGGCAUCACAGGCGACAGCGCGAACAGGGAACCUGCUCGGCAUCCUUGGUGUGCUGGCCGGUAUCAUAGCCUCACUUGGCGCAGUGGGAUUCUCUCCAGAGGUGUUGACACAGUUUGGCGCGAUUGCAACUAUUGGUGGUGUUGUUGGCGCCCUCAUCGGCCGGCGUAUUACCCCUACCGAGCUUCCUCAGACGGUUGCUGCCUUGCAUUCCGUUGUCGGUCUGGCCGCGGUGCUCACCAGCAUAGGCAGUGUCCUUGCUGAUGUCUCGGAAAUUUCGACUUUACACAUGGUGACGGCGUACCUGGGCGUUCUCAUUGGUGGCGUAACAUUCACGGGGUCUCUUGUUGCUUUCCUGAAACUCGCGGGACGAAUGUCGUCUCGGCCGACCAUCCUUCCUGGCCGCCAUCUCAUUAAUUCUAGCCUGUUGGCCGCCAACGCCGGCACAAUGGGUGCGUUCUUGACCAUGGCGCCUGGUGCGCCUGCCGUGGCUGCAGUGUGCCUGUCUGCAAACACUGCUCUCAGUUUCGCUAAGGGAUUUACGACGACGGCCGCCAUAGGCGGAGCGGAUAUGCCUGUGGUAAUUACGGUGUUGAAUGCCUAUUCAGGCUUCGCUCUCGUCGCGGAGGGCUUCAUGCUUGACAACCCCUUACUGCUGACCGUAGGCUCGUUGAUCGGUGUCAGCGGUUCCAUCCUGUCGUACAUUAUGUGCGUCGCGAUGAAUCGUUCCCUCACCAACGUCCUCUUCGGUGGCAUAGCCCCGAUCGCCCAAACGUCGCAGGAAAUCAAAGGGCAGAUCACCAAGACCAGCGUGGAAGAAACCGUCGAGGCGCUCGCCAAUGCUGAGUCGGUCAUUAUUGUGGUCGGCUACGGCAUGGCCGUGGCGAAGGCCCAGUACGCCAUCGCCGAGAUCGUGUCUCUGUUGCGCUCCAAGGGUGUCAACGUGCGCUUCGCCAUUCACCCCGUCGCCGGACGCAUGCCGGGACAGUGCAACGUGUUGCUGGCCGAAGCCAGCGUGCCGUAUGAUAUUGUCUUGGAAAUGGACGAGAUCAAUGACGAUUUCCCCGAGACGGACCUCACGUUGGUCAUUGGCGCGAACGACACGGUGAAUCCGAUCGCCCUGGAACCUGGGAGCCCGAUCGCCGGAAUGCCCGUGUUGCAUGCGUGGAAGAGUAAGGGCGUGGUGGUGAUGAAGCGAGGCAUGAGCAGUGGAUAUGCCGACGUCCCGAACCCGAUGUUCUACAUGCCCGGCACGAGGAUGCUGUUCGGCGACGCGAAGCAGACGUGCGACGCGCUCAAGGCGGCGCUGGAGACGCGGUACAAGGCGCAAUUCCACGUCUAA